ACCUGCGCCCGCUCACAGCCCCGUGUGAGAAGACGAGAGGAGACAUCUUUCUGUUUUCUGCAACAAACUAGACUGUAAAGUCUUUUUGAAAUGGCAACCAGCCACACCUGGACAUUAAGACGCUAUGGGCGUUUUGUACCGCAAACAGGACGAAAGUCAUGGAAGGUUCUUGAGACAAAGGCUAGUGAACCCAAGAUUGUCAUGACAAUUUUGGAAUCUGGAUAUUUACUGGUGCUGCAAGGGCAAGAAAGCUUGGAUACAAUCCCUUUGGAUGGUGACUCCAAUUCUCUUAAAGUGCAGCAUAAAUAUGAUAACCUGAUGUUUCGAUUUACUGUGAGGGGGGAGAGCCGCAUGAUAAGGAUGCAGUUUGAUGGCAGCAGCACAGCGGAGGCUGUAAAUCAAUGUUCAAGGGCUGUGGAAAAGUUGAUGGAGUAUGUGCCUGUCAUGUCUGUGGAAGUUGCAGCGAUACAUCCAAAUCAGCCCCCCACUGAGGUCCCACCAGCCGCUCAGCAGUCAUGUCAGGGAAAGACUGGGCAGACUGAGCCUGAAGCUGCUCAAGGCUCUGUGUCCAUCAAGCGUCUUACCCAGCACUUUUUGGGAGAGACUGCUUUGGCUCUCCCUAACAUGUAUAGUCACUGUUCUUUGGCACCAGGUGACUUGGAGCCCAUCCUACGUGUUUGUCUGCUGGAUCCUAACUUUCCUGCAUUUGUUGAGAAGGUGCAGGAUGAGCUGGAGAAACUGCAAAAAGAGUGAAAAAAAAAAAAAAUCUUCCCACCAGCUGAAGGCAGAAAUUUUAAGUUAUGCCAUUAUUUUAUGUUCUAAACCUUGCGUAGGCAGUGCCUGUUGUUGGUUCAGUAUACUUGGCCGUUCCACUUGUGAAACCAAAAUCUUAUCUCACAGUUAUUGUUAUGUAGCACAGAUAAUUCUUUCAAUUAUCUGAUAUCUGUAGGUACCGUUAAAGAAAAACAUGACAGGAUGUUUUUACAUUGUUUUUAUUGAGAAAAAAAAAAUAUUGGUCUCACUCAUAUGUUUGAUCGUGGCUAUAUGCUCUGGUCCCUCAGUUCACAUCCCUAAUCCAGGUCCUUUUCCACCACAACACACAUGGAUACAUUGUAUUGAAAGAGGAGUCAUGCAGCUACAGCAGUGAAUCUAUGCCAGCUUCCAAGUGAUCCCACAAUAUUAAAGCUUCACUGAGUUAAAAACAAACUGCCCUCCAUAUAUCUAUUUAAGAAUACA